AUGCCCGCGCCGCCGCCGCCGCCGCCACCGCCGCCGCCACCGGCGCCGCCGUUGGGCGCUGGUCCUGCCCCCCGUCCUCGUCCUCCCCCGCCCUCCGCUGCUGGUCCUGCUGCUGGCCCUGCUGGCCGGAGGCGCCUCCAGGGCCCGAGGAAAGUCCCCCCGGACCCCCCCAGCCCCCACGAGGUGCUGAUCAAGGUGCAGGUGUAUGAAAGCGGGGACCUGGCCCCCCUGCCCCGCGCCACCGUGGACAUCUUCGGCCACCGGACGCUGCUGGCUUCGGGCACCACGGACGCCGAGGGGGCGGCGGGCCUGGCGCUCAACUACCGGCUGGGCACCUGGGUCCUGGUCACUGCCACCCGCCCCGGCUUCCUCACCAACUCCGUGCCCUGGCGGGUGGACAAGCUGCCCCUCUACGCCUCCGUCAGCCUCUACCUGCUCCCGGAGCGGCCGGCCACCCUCAUCCUGUACGAAGACCUGAUCCACAUCCUCCUGGGAUCCCCCGGCGGUCGCUCGCAGCCCUGGGUUCAGUUCCCGCGCCGGGCGGCCCGCCUGCCCCGCAGUGCCACUUACAACCAACUCUGGGCAUCGCUCACGCCCGCCACCGCGCCUCCGGACAUGAGGAGCUUCCCGGCCUUCCUGGGAGCGGACGGGGACGGCUCAGCUAAUGGGUCCUGGCUGGAGCUGAGCCCCCUGGCAGCGGUCAGCAUCCACCUGCUCGCUGCCAACGGGUCGGAGGUGCCGCUGACCGGCCCCGCGCACCUCUCCAUCCCGUUGCCCGGCGGCCCUGCCGCCCUCGGUACCAACAGCGUGCCCGCCUGGCGCUUCGACCCCAAGAGCGGGCUGUGGGUCCGGAACGGGACGGGGCUGAUCCGGAAGGACGGGCGGCAGUUCUACUGGACGUUCGUGGCCCCCCAGCUGGGCUACUGGGCUGCGGCCACCGUCGCCCCCACGGCAGGGCUGGUGACCAUCGCGUCCGGCCUGAAGGACAUCGGCACCUAUCACACCGUCUUCCUGCUGACCAUCCUGGGGGCCCUGGCGCUACUGGUGCUCGUCCUGCUCUGUCUCCUCAUCUAUUACUGCCGGAGACGCUGCUUGAAACCGCGGCAGCAGCACCGUAAGCUGCAGUUCUCGGGCACGCUGGACGGCACCAAGCGGGACCAGGCCACGUCCAUGUCACAGCUGAACCUGAUCUGCACGGGGCCUCUGGAGACGGGGUCCUCCUCCGCCGGGGACCCCGAGGCCCCGGCCCCCGGAGGCCUCAAGUCCGCCUUCUCCAGCUCCCGCGACCUGGCCAGCUCCCGCGACGAUUUCUUCCGGCCCCCGGCCCGCCUCGCCCCCGGCCGCGCCGCCGCCGACCCCCUGGGUCCCCGCGAGGGCCCGGGGCUCAAGGGCGCGCGCUCGGCCGACCCAGGGCCGGAGCCCGGUCGGGGCUUCGGCGGGGGGCGAGGCGACGAGCGGGCGGGCGAGGGCCCCCGGCGUCCCCCGGGGCCCGGCUACCUGCAGGACCCACCCUCGCCGCCGCCGUCGGCGCCCACCUUCGACCACUUCCCGGGGCACAAGGCGGCCGGAGAGGCCAAGGGCCCCGACUCGGUGCUGUCGCAGUCCGCGGACCAGCUGUCCCGCCCGCCGUCCCUCAGCCAGCCCGGCCAGCUCAUCUUCUGCGGCUCCAUCGACCACCUCAAGGACAACGUCUACCGCAACGUCAUGCCCACGCUGGUCAUCCCCGCUCACUACGUGCGCCUGGGCGAGGCGGGCCCCGGCGGCGAGGACCCCGGCCCGGCCGAGGUGGGCCCCGGCCCGGCCCGCGCCUUCGGCCCGCAGGAGCCGCAGCCGGGGGCCGGGGCCGGGGCCGGCGCGGGAGGGGAGGGCGGCGGGGGCGACGGCGGGGCCGGCUGGGGCGCCCACCAGGCCCCGGUCAGCGGCUCGGUCACCAUCCCCGUGCUCUUCAACGAGUCCACCAUGGCGCAGCUGAACGGGGAGCUGCAGGCGCUGACGGAGAAGAAGCUGCUGGAGCUGGGGGUGAAACCGCACCCCCGCGCCUGGUUCGUGUCCCUGGACGGACGCUCCAACUCGCAGGUGCGCCACUCCUACAUCGAUCUGCAGGGCGGGGGCCGCAGCACCGACGCCAGCCUCGACUCGGGGGUCGACGUGCACGAGGCGCGGCCCCCGCCCCCCCGCCGGCGCCCCCCGGCCCGGGCCGAGGCCCCCUCGCGCCUGGCGCUGGCCGAGGACACGGAGCCCAGCAGCAGCGAGAGCCGCACGGCCGUCUGCUCGCCCGAGGACAACUCGCUGACGCCGCUGCUGGACGAGGGGGCCGAGGGCAGGGCCGCCACCAUCCCACGGGGCCGCGGCCGCAGCCGGGGCCGGGACAGCUCCCGCAGCAGCGCCAGCGAGCUGCGCCGGGACUCGCUCACCAGCCCCGAGGACGAGCUGGCCGACCCGGGGGACCCCGGCGACGAGGCGGGCGACAAGAAGAGCCCCUGGCAGAGGCGGGAGGAGCGGCCCCUCAUGGUGUUCAACGUCAAGUAGCCGCCGCCCCCCGGGGGGACGGGCGCAAAAGCUGCUAGGGCCCGGGCCAGCCCCGCUGGGGUGGGGGGAGGCGCCCAACCACCCUGCCUGGUGCCAGGAGGGCGAUGAAGGUGGCGGGGGGUGGGGGUGGGGGUCU